AUGAUUUGUCACUUGAAAUUUAUCUUAACGUGGAUUUUACUUUUACCACGACUCUCAGAUGGCGGAAGUGUCACAUGGUUUGAACCUACUCCGGUUAGGACAACUUCAGAUCCAAACGAAGUACUCCCCACCAUCAAUUUAAAGUUUUAUGAGAGAUCUUCUGCUACACUGAAAUGGAGCUACAAUUUUACGGCAGUUUCAAUACUUCUGGUUAUCUUAAAAUUCAAUGGUGCUGGUAUAGUCAACUAUCAAAAUGGACAAACUGGUGUUGUCAGCGAUCAAUUUCGGGAACGGUUCAGUGGAAGCUUCACUCCACAAAGUGCUUCUCUGGUUAUCUCUCCCGUGACUGCUGCUGACGAUAAGGCUAACGGAACAUUUACCUGUGAGUUAAUUGCUUCUAAUUCUGAUGUUUGGGUCCGCGCAAUUCAGGUGCAAGUGCUAGUUCCAAUAAAUAUCACUGGAAUUAGAGGUAAACCAAGUGUUCUUGAAGGCCACAACUUGCAGUUAACCUGUGAAGUAUCAGGUCGACCAGAUCCAAGCAUCAAUUGGACCAAAGAGAAUCCUGGGAACCAAGGAAAUACUGUUGUGGUGCAAGGAAAGGUGCUGAAUAUAACAAACAUCAACAGGACUGAUGCAGGAAAUUAUACCUGUACAGCUUACAAUGACUUUGGUAAACCAGACAACCGAACAGUUUAUGUAAAUGUUACUUAUCCAGCCAAGAUUGUUAAUUUUCAAACUCAGUAUGUGGUUGGUGUAGGACAAAGUCUAACUCUUAACUGUGAAGCAGAAGGAAACCCUCCACCUACUCAUAGUUGGACACCAUGUAAUGACUUGGAACAAGUUUGUGACAAGAACGCUCUUCAUAUUUCACAAGUCUGUGAAGAUGCCAACUAUACCUGUAAUGUGGCCAAUGGACUUGGAAAUGAUGCAAAAACUGCCAAUGUUUUCAUUGAAGGAAAGUGGAUUUUUAUAACUAUAAACAUGACUGACAAAAGCUGUGUUGAUGGAAAAUACAAUGAAUCCUUACUGUUAAAUGGAUUUGAUAAAGUGGUAAUCAUGGAUUUAGGUUCUUGA